AUGCAUGAUGUGUAUAAUUACGAUGCAGACUUUGUUCAGAAGUGUGUUGAUGUUGGGAUUUUAGGGCUUUUUCUAGAGCAAAAGCUUAUAGCUAUUAUACGAAUGCUGGCGUAUGGUUCAUAUGCUGAUCAGGUGGAUAAGAUUGCUAGGAUGAAGAAGUCCACUACUUUAGAGAGCUUGGUCAGAUUUUGUGAUGCAAUUGAAACUCUCUACACUAGGGACUACCUCCGUAAACCUACGCCUGGGGACCUCCAAAGGUUUCUACAGAAAGCCGAAGCUCGAGGUUUUCUAGGCAUAAUUGGAAGCAUCGAUUCUAUGCACUGGCAAUGGAAGAAUUGCACAACUGCCUGGCAAGAAGAUAAUGGAAAUAGAAAAGGGCAAAAAAGUAUUAUCUUCGAAGCCAUUGCUGGAUUUGAUACAUGGGUUUGA